AGAAGGAGGGAUUGAGUGUAAAAGCCAGCCUGCCCCUCCAGCAAUACAUCACCGGGCUAGACUCUGCCUGAAUGAGACUUGGAUCAGAAGACUGCAACUAGAAGAAAGUUUACACAGCAACUAUUCAUGAGAAAAAGCUGAACAAUCUCCCACCGCACGGUAUGGAGCUACAAUAACUACUGCACAAGCAUCCGGGGGUCCUGCUCCGCUGCAACACUGCACAUUUGGAUGAGACGCCAUCUUCAUAGAUUCUUGAACUUUGGAUGAUGAAUACUCACAAGAAGGAGAUGGAGUUUCUAAGUAACAGCAUAGCAGUGUAUGCUCAUAUUAGAGAAAACCCAGAGUCAUUUGGGCUUUACUUUGUUCUUGGGGUUUGUUUCGGGCUAAUUUUAACACUCUGUAUGCUGGUCAUCCGUAUUUCUUGCAAACCACGGACUCCCAAUCUUCCUCCGAAACCCAAGAAAACUCCUCCAAAAGACUGUGUUAAAGAGCCCCUGUCUUUGACAAGGGAUGAGGAGGAUCCAGAAAGCGACGACAAUGAGGACACUUUUAUUUUGACUCCUGUGACCGAUACCUCACUAGGAAGCCAGCCGCCUCUGGAUGGUACACUGACAGUGAAUGUAUUCACAUCAGCAGAAGAGCUGGAGAGGGCCCAAAGACUUGAGGAACGUGAGAGGAUAAUUAGAGAGAUAUGGCGAAAUGGGCAGCCUGAUAUUCUGGGUACAGGGACUGGCACCAUAGGUCGUGUGCAUUACUAUUAGUGGUGAUGUGGAAAAACUCCAUAAAUUACAAGCUGGUGCUGUUCCUCAAACUAAAUGGCAACUAACCUCCCAGGAUUAAAAGGACAGAGAUCGUUCAGAUAUCCUGCUGAUGCUGGCACCCAGAAUUAUAUAACUAUAUGAUAGUGUAUUAGUAUUAUAGUAGCUGAAUAGCUGAAGAAACCUGGUAACGGUGCCAAUGGUUGAUGUGCCACAGCGGGCAAAAACUAUAUGGAGUGACAUUAAUCUGAAGUGGAGUGACUUACUUUAGUGGACACAGAGCCAAUAGCUGGAGACUCGCUAAUCAUUGGUGCCAAUGUCUGUAUCCAUUGUGUAUGUAUUCCUGAAAAGACAUGGGCAGUUUCUAAUUUUAAUACUAGGUCAUCAGUAUCUGAUCAGUUGGGGGUCAGAUACCCAGGAUGCCCACAGAUCAGUUGUUUGAGAAGGCACCAGUACUCCUGUGAGCGCCGUGGCCUUUUCCCUGCUCACCAAGCACAGUGCCGCAUAUUAUAUAGCGGCUGUGCUUGGUAUCGUCCUGAGCCACAUUCACUUCU